UGAAGUGUUUGUUAUAGAAUUUAGUUUAUAAAGUGUUUUAUUAAUAUGGUUCCUUUACUUUUAUCGACAUCAGUAAUUAGAAAAAAGUAGCUUCCGCGUUUGUAGAACCUAGUUGUUGAUCUCCAUGAAGAGAGUGCGGUUCUUAACUCCGUGUAGGGAAAACUUGGUUACAAUGAAUGAGUCUGAUUGCCAUUCGCCCCGACCUUUUGUCCAAAGGAAUCUGGACACGGAAGCGCCGGAGCUUCCAUGUGUUUUUGCGCAAGACGUGUUGUAUAGUCCAGACCCCGUCAAGAGAUUCGAGUAUAGCGAUACUUCACCUUAUCCGACUGUGAAUAAGACCGAAGUAAUCAGUCGAUUUGAUACGGGUAACCAUUGGUCACCCAGCAAUGAACUGGAGCUGAGCAUGCUGGAUUCAUCAAGCCAGCAUCCUAGAAAACCAGUAUACUUUACACCAGUGUCAAGUGCAUCUAGUCAGGAAAACAUUUGCAGUGCCCAGAGCAGGAGGUUACAUAUAACGCCUGAACCAACUAUAAAUGUUUUAUCUCCCAUUGAGAAUGGUAAAACUGUCACACCACCUAAUAUCCUGCAUAAAGAUGAUAACUUCUUUAUAACUCGUGGAGGCUUGAACAGGUUUCAGCUUCAGGAUAAAGUUCAGGUUCAGAUGAAUAAAAUGUCCUUGGGGAAGGAAAACCACUACAAUGUGACAGCUCACAGUCCUGUGAACAGGGCUCCUAAACGGUCUAGUCAAGCACCCAGUGGCAACUUGGAUGAUAGCUGCAGUUGUCACCACUGUAAUAAAACUCAAACUCAUUCUAACUUUAAUACUUCAACACCUGGAAAUAUGGGGCACAAUGGGCAUAAUUAUGGGAACCAAAGAGGAAACAAUUGCCUAAACAUACAGCCACCACCACCACAACCUACCUGUAAUCAUUGCAUGUGUUCACAAGAAAAACAAACUACAAAUGUUAGAAAAGAAUCUAUUUCACCAAAGCAUCCAAAUGCAGUUGACAAGAAAGCAUGGAUCAUAGAAAGGUAUGAGCAAGCUAAAAAUCAAUGCACAGAUGUUGAAAAACAAAUGAAUGUAAGCAAGGAAAAGCGAGAACCGACUGUUGGUGACCUCUUAAAGAUUAUUAAACUGCAGAAUGAGCAGUUGCAAUUGCUACAAGAGAAAGUGGACAAAUUAAUAACAAAUGCUAGUUGUGUGCCUCAGAUGCCCGUUCAAAACAUUGUGAGGGAGCAUGUUGCGGUGGAGACCAUAGACAGGGAUCAGCACAAGAUAUCCAUAGGGGUGAUGACGAGUUUAGAAAUGGUGCGAACCUCAACUGUAAUAAACAAAGAGCUGAUGAAGCAAACAUACGACAAUGCACAGAUACAGUGCAACCGUUCCGAAAUAAGCAUCAAAGAGGUUGUUAAACAGCCUGCUAAUUUGAAUUUUCUCGAUGGUAUAUUACCUGUAGGUAAGACAGUGGAAGCGAGUGAGAGCCCUGAAGCACAGCAUGUGUCCAACUACAACGAUGAGAAGACUCUGAAUGAGCAGAGUCUGUACAAUGUGCAGGUUGAUAAUGCGACCACACCCCUCAUGUCUCCCGACCAAAGCCUUUACUUGGAUGUUAGGGAUUACAGCGGCUCAGAUUCAGGCAGCGAUCACUCCAAUGUUGGAUGGACAUACUACAAUAAAGUUAUGACACACGUGAAUGGCAUGCUCCAAGAUUCGGACAUGCCGUCGUCGGCUAGCGCGCUGUACCGGAACACGAGGCAGCAUUGCGUGCAGAUGCACAUUGACAAAACCAACAUAUCAGUCACCAAAAGAGUGACGUUCGGCGACGAGCCAGCAGUGCAGUCCGCCGACACGAGCCUGCGCAUGAACCAGCUCGCGGCCAAGUACUUGAAGGCCGCGCCGGCGCCCGCGCCGCGGCAGAACGAGAUGAGCUUCGCCACUAGGAACUACAUGGAGAGACACAAGAUACUACAAGGACAAAAUUCGUCAAGACGCGCCCCACAAGGUGAGAUACCCCGGUUCUUAGACAUCACUACUUUAAAACAACAACCAAAGUUGUUAUAGCAUAUUGUUAUCGAUUUACUGUAUAUUGAUUAUGGGUGUAUUUUAAGACAAGGGUACUUUAAUGUAUUUGCUAAGUUAUUUAUAUAAGUAAAUAAAACAACAUGAAUUCUCAUUGAA